AUGUCUGCCAAUAACGUCACCCACCAUGAGGUGAAUGUUGAUUCCUUCGCGACUAUCCAGUCUUCGUCGCCCCAGGGCCUGACCGAGAACUUCAAGCAUCCAUUCAGACGGUUCCUGUACGACUACAAUGCCGAGAUUGGCGAGUUCUUUGCCAUGAUGAUCUUUAGCACAGUCGGCUCUUCCAACCUGGCACAGAUUCUGUUCCGGGUACCCCAUUCUGAAGGGUCAAUGGACAUAAGCAUUGUCACCGGCAGGGGCUGUGCGCUUAUUCUGGCAGCUACGAUCGCCGUGGGAACGUCGGGCGGCCACAUCAACCCUGCGCGCGACUUUGGCCCCCGCCUGUUCAUUUUGACUGCGGGCUGGAGAGAUAUGUUCAAGGUUUAUAACCACUACUUCUAUGUGCUGCUGCUGUCGCCGAUCGUUGAUUGUAUUGCCGCCCAGGAUCUGUACGAUUAUCUGGUGGUUCUGGCGUCGAUCAAGCGGAAGGGGGACCGCAUUGGCCAUCGCUAA